GUGACGUCAUUCCAAUCCGCACAGCAGCAGGAAUGAACCAUUAUGCGCAGCACACGGAGGGUGCAAGAAAUCCUAGACCGGGCCAAGGAGUUUUCCAGAAUCCCACCGGAGGAAUUCACAGAGCUGGAAUCGGGAUUGGAAGGGAUUGAAGGAGAGAGGGAAGGAGAGAGAGGAGGAGGUGGGGGAGAGGUGAAGACCCAGCCCCUUGAUAGCUACGCCCCUUCCCGGGGCAAAGACCUAGACUCGGGGCAACACCUGGAACCCAGGGGGGCAGCAAUGGAGGCCAGCGAACUCACUGAGCUGAACAGAGAGCCUGGGAAAUCCGAACCCAGCAAGCAGGAGGAGCGAGAGGCAGGGAAGGACGAGGGAAUGGACAGUGAGGCUGACCAGCCCUCCGACAUCGACCACAGAGAGAGGGACAGGCUGGGACAAGACCACAGAGAACAGGAAAUCCCUGCCAAGGACCAGGCUGUCGAUCUAGAAAAACACAACAUGCCGGACUGUGAUCUAGAACCCGAUCCGGAACACCCCGGAUCUCCAGAUGAUCUGGAACAGAGAUCCCGAGCCUCCAGAUCGCCAAGAACGGAACCCGGAGCUGUGGGGUUGGGAGGGGGAGGGGGGGGAGAUGCCUUCUCGAACCGGUUGAGAAAGAGUCCGGCAGGCCUCAGCGUCCUGGAAAGCUCUAGAGCCAGCCGCUCCGGAGCGAGGGAGAGAAACGCCAGGCCGCUGUUCGAGCGCUCGAGCGAGAACACUUUCCGAGAGCUGGAGGAGGCGAUCAGAGGGAGCAGCAGGGGUCUGGAACGUUCCGGGGAAGAGUCGAGAACAGUCGAGAACGGAACCAGAACAACUGUGCUUGAGAACUGUGGUACCUGGGACCCCAGCAGCUGCGACGGUUCCCCUGAAAUAGAGUCCCUCUCCCCCCAUGACCAGCCUGACCCCAGCCCUCUCAGCUCCUCCACGGGACACAACAUCCGAAACCGGCGCCUUGUGGGCUCCGCCGGGGGGGGCGGAGGGGGCCCGGUGACAGGGGGGGCAGGGUCUGGGGCUGGGGGGCGCAGUAACCACACGCCAGCCAACAGGGGGCAGUCAUUAACCUAUAACAACCACCACCAGUAUCGGCCACACAGCUCUCAGUCCUACAGGAGCUGGGGGGAGCAGAGGAAGGAACGGAACACAGGCCGCCGCUGGGCUGGGGGGAACAGCAAUGGGGGGGUGGGGGGCAGGUUUUGGGAAAAUAGCAACGGCUACGGAAGCUACAGCUACAGCCAUCGGAAAUCCUGGAGCUGUUUGGUGGGAUCGAGUGAAGGUUUGCAGGAGAAUUCUCAGAAGAGCCAGGGAGCCGUGUGCGGUGGUUCAACUGGGGAGCAAUCCCAGCUGUCUUACUCCCCGCCUUCGUCAUCGUCUUCGUCGUCUUCGUUGUCUUGCACAGAGACGGACAGAGAGAGGGGGAGGGAGAGAGACACGGACAGGGAGAGAUGGGAGAGAGAGAGGGGGCGGUCUGUCGCCGCGGCCCCUCUUUCGCAGGACUCCUCUCUCGGUGCCUCCUGGACCCUGUUCAAGCCCCCACCUGCCUUCCCUGUGGACAACAGCAGCGCCAAAACGGUGCCUAAAAUCAGCUACGCCUCCAAGGUCAAGGGGUCAAACUGCUCCCCAGCUCCGAACUCCCAGCCCCAAAUGCUGGGGGCCAUAUUCCAGAACGAGUGGGGGCUGUCUUUCAUCAGCGAGCCUGGGAGUGCAGUCGUGGCUGAGGGAGGGGGGGCAGUGCUGAUAGAAGGGGCUCCCCAGCCCCACACUCCCCCCAGCUUCGGCAAUGGAGUCACCCCGGACCCCCCCGCCCCUGAGGAGGCUGGUGGACUGGCCCCUCCCACCCCUUCCUUUCCCAUUGGCUGUCUGCUCAAGGAGGAGGAGCCUGAGACUGAACUGGCCUCUUCAGAUGUGAUGUCUGAGAAGCAAUGUCGCCACCUGCUGGAUGCCUUGCGCUAUCACACUCGAGAAUGGGACCAGCUCUUGAACAGACACAAAAGAGAUCCCACCAUGGUAGUCUGGUAUGAAGAUUCUUUGGAGAGACCAGCUUAACAGACGACAUGCGGACUUAACCCCUUACUCCAUGGAAAGAAUUUUAACUUGUCGUGUUUUUUUUUUUUUUUUGUCUCUCCCAACCCAAAUCAGAAUUUAUUAAAAGAACCAACUAAAUUAUAAAGAA